UUCCGACCAGAAAAUUUUUCUCUCUUUCUCUUUAUAAUCAUCACAUUGUUCCUCCACUACCCCAGGGCUCGAAAAGAACCUCUCAAACCCUCUGAAAUAAAUAAAUUUCAUUUUGCGCAAUUUUUUCUUUUCGAUCCCCUUGAUCCAAAGAGAAGAAUACACAUACAAAUCUAAAACAAGUUAAAGAGUGUUCUAUCAAAAAAACAAAAAAUGCCCCUGUCGGCGUCGUCGGCGGACACAAGUAAGACGGUGAAGCUGGAGAGGUACAACAGCUACCUCCGCAAGAUUCACAGCACCAAAGUUCUCAAAGCUUCUUCCAAAGUUCUUUUCCGAGCAACACUCCUCGUCGCUCUCGUCCUCCUCCUCCUCUUCGCUAUCAACUACCAUCCACUCUCCGACAGCCACUCCGCCUCAUCACACCAUCUCCACCGUCGCAGUUUCUUAUCAACCGGCAUCUUCUCCUCAUCCUCCUCCCUAGGCGAAGGAGCCGCUUGGGAGAAGCGCGUGAGACAAUCCUCAACACCGAAACGACCACACGGCCUCUCCGUCCUCGUCACCGGAGCAGCCGGGUUCGUCGGAUCCCACUCCUCCCUCGGGCUUAGAAAGCGCGGGGACGGAGUGUUGGGAUUCGACAACUUCAACGACUACUACGACCCAUCGCUCAAAAGAGCGAGACAACAACUCCUAGAAAAGAACCAAGUGUUCAUCGUCGAAGGAGAUCUCAACGACGGUCCUCUCUUGCGUAAGCUCUUCGACGUCGUCCCUUUCACUCACGUCCUCCACUUAGCAGCUCAAGCCGGAGUUCGUUACGCCAUGAAGAACCCUCAGUCUUACAUCAGCUCGAACAUCGCUGGACUCGUCAACCUCCUCGAAGUAGCCAAAGCGGCUAACCCUCAGCCCGCGAUCGUAUGGGCUUCGUCCAGCUCCGUUUACGGACUCAACACCGAGAACCCGUUCUCCGAAGAGCACAGAACGGAUCAGCCGGCUAGUCUUUACGCGGCGACGAAGAAAGCGGGAGAGGAGAUAGCCCACACUUACAAUCACAUCUACGGUCUUUCUUUAACCGGACUCCGGUUCUUUACGGUUUACGGUCCUUGGGGAAGACCGGAUAUGGCUUACUUCUUCUUCACCAAAGCCAUACUCCACGGGAAGUCGAUAGAUAUUUACCGAACGCAAGACAAUCAAGAAGUGGCGCGUGACUUCACCUACAUAGACGAUAUAGUUAAAGGAUGUGUCGGUGCGUUGGACACGGCGGAGAAAAGCACGGGAAGCGGCGGGAAGAAGCGAGGACCGGCUCAGUUACGUGUUUACAAUCUCGGGAACACUUCUCCGGUUCCUGUCGGGAGACUGGUCUCGAUCUUGGAAGGGUUGUUAGGGAGUAAAGCGAAGAAGCAUCUGAUCAAAAUGCCUAGGAACGGUGACGUGCCUUACACGCAUGCGAAUGUGAGCUUGGCGUAUAAAGACUUUGGGUAUAAACCAACAACGGAUCUCGCGGCGGGGUUGAGGAAGUUUGUUAAGUGGUACGUUAGUUAUUACGGGAUACAGCCGAGGGUGAAAAGGGAAAACUCUCACGCCGAUGAUUCCGCUUAAAUAAUGCCACCCUGCUCUUCAUCAACAUCACAUGCUUGUUUUUAUUUCUUUACAACCCAAAAA